AAACAUGUAUACAAGUAUAAUAAAAUUGUCUUUCUCCCCUCCCCCAAUGCUUGAAAGAUGAAUGUAAUACAAGCUUUUUCUUUCUUUUUGUUUGUAAAAUGGUGCACGAGCCUUCAAAAUUGAGCCUUGUCAUAAUUAAGCUUUUUUUUCCUUUUGAUAUUGCAUUUAUUAUUGUUUACUUUAUAAACAAUUUAUACACUUGCCUCAAAAAUACAUAUAAAAAUAUUGCAUCAUUGUUGUUGCUGUUUUUAUUAUUUUGGAUUAAACAAGUCAAUGUUAGGCUUUCUAUACAACAUUUUGAUUAAAUCAGUGUAACUUGCCUAAAGUGAAAAAAUAAAAUAAAAUAAAAA